UCUCCCCACCUCGGCGUUUCUGCUAAAAUAAAGUCCUCGCACUCUUAUUCUGUCUUUCGUGUUACGUCACUUCCUGACCUUUUCUCUUUCCUUUCCGCCUCGGCCAUUUGUGAUAAACGACUGAGCUGAUUGACAGUCAUCAGAGAGUCGAGAUGCAGAACGACGCUGGAGAAUUCGUGGACCUGUACGUCCCCCGCAAAUGCUCUGCUAGCAACAGAAUUAUUGGUGCCAAGGAUCAUGCCUCCAUCCAGAUCAACAUUGCUGAGGUGGACAAGGCUACCGGCAGGUUCAAUGGACAGUUCAAGACCUACGCCAUCUGCGGUGCUAUCCGUAGAAUGGGUGAAGCUGAUGACUCCCUCCUGAGGCUCGCGAAGAACGACAGCAUUGUGGCGAAGUAAGCCCAUGAACGCCUAAAAAGGAAGUUUCUUUGUAAAAUAAAAAAAAUAAAAAAUAAAAUUGGA